AGAGGAACGGAGGAAACGGAGCGUCAGAUGAAGAGCGUCUUCCUGCCGGACCGGGCGCAGAUUCUGAGCGCGGAGGAGCUGAAGUCGCGGCGGGAGAGUCUGCGUCUGUGGCUGGAGAAGAACCGAGUCCCGGUGACUGAAGACGGGGAGGUUCUGCGUGUGGCGAACGCUCUGACCAUCAGCGCCCCCUACAGGCCUGGAGACUGCAGCAGCGCCAACGAGAUCAUACUGGCGCGCAUUCAGAGUCUAGUGGAGAGCUCCCCCGGAGCAGAACAAACCCCACAGUCCCAGACACAUCAGUGAGGCUUCCUUCAAGCUGUGAGAAGAUCCGAGGACAUUUGUUAAGAUGUUAAACACAGUUUUCAGAAUGCUGGUGUUCCACUGCUUUAGGAUCAAACGUCGCUUCUGUUACACAGUCAAUGAUAUUUAGAAGCUCUUGUCUGAAUAUUUUGAGCUCUUGAUACAUUGUAAGUCAUUGCAUGUUAUAAUAAAUGUUUCCUGAUGAAUGCAUAAACCAAGACUAUGCUCAGGCUCAGAAUGGAACCUUCUUGAAACUUUGAAUCAUUUGCUUUGCAAAAUGAAUCACUUUUUCAAAGCACUCUAAGUCUGCUGGACAGAACGGUGUAAAUGCAGUGAAAACUCAGCCCAGACAUGCGCAUAAAAACAGUGUGACACUGUCAGAAAACUAUUGUAGGCUAUCUUUGGUCG